CUCUCCCUCUCUCUUUCUGUGUUUCUCUUUCUUGGCUUUUCAGAAAGCAGCUUUCUACUUGGAACCUGAGAUCUCAAGGCAAGAAACGGGGCUGUGCUGACAUUCUCCCUUUUUACCCCAUUAGCAAGGGGGUAGAUUUGUUUACCUGGAGAGGAGGGAUGUUCUAGAAGACCAAGGCAACCAGUGGCUCUUAGCAGCCUGUAAUCCUGCCCCAAAGGGGGCAUCACAUUCUUAUGUGCAAACUGCCUGCCUGUUUGUGCACACUGGACUUCUGCCACAGUGUGAGAUAAGACACAUGAGAAGGGCUCAGAGCCAUGAUGGGAGUAUUGAUGCCAAGUGCCCUUUUGCUCAUCUGUCUGCUCUUCCAGGCUGAAUGCACUGAGAGUGAAGUGGAAAGAAGCCAUGGAGCACCAACACAGCCACCACCCCAGCAUCAUACUUCCAGAUCUGAGAAUGACUAUGAGAAAUACAGUAAGCGGCCUAGACGUACUGAAUGUGUACAGUGCUGUGAUCCUCCGGACCGCUUUGCAGCAUAUCCGAUGUACCAGCCACAGCCUCAGAUAAACAUUACCAUCCUGAAAGGUGAGAAAGGGGAUCGUGGUGAGCGUGGCCCCCAUGGGAAAUUGGGGAAGACCGGUUCUGCAGGGAGAAAGGGUGAGAUUGGCCUCAAAGGGCAAAAGGGCAGCAUAGGGGCUCCCGGGGAGAUGUACAAGACAAAUUAUGCUGCCUUUUCAGUGGGCCGGAAGAAACCCCUGCACAGCAACGACUACUAUCAGACGCUUGUCUUUGACACUGAGUACGUGAACCUCUACGGUCACUUCAAUAUGUUCAUGGGCAAGUUCUACUGCUAUGUGCCUGGAGUGUAUUUCUUCAUUCUCAAUGUACACACCUGGAACCAGAAGGAGACCUAUCUUCAUGUCAUGCACAAUGGGGUGGAAGCAGCUAUCUUGUAUGCACAGGCCAGUGACAGAAGCAUCAUGCAGAGCCAGAGCCUUAUGCUAGAACUGCAGGACCAGGAUGAAGUUUGGGUGCGGCUUUUCAAAGGGGAACGUGAUAAUGCAAUUUUCAGUGAUGAGUACGACACGUAUAUUACCUUCAGUGGAUACCUAAUAAAGCCCAGUUCUGAGCCCUAAAUCUGCAGGCAGAUGGACAAUUAUGACUGAAAACUUUACCUUGCUCCAUUUUUCUGGUGUCUUUCUAUGUACAGUUUUCUAACACUAUGCCACAACCCACCCUCUAACCCUGAAAUCAGUUGUAGGAUUUGGAUCUGUAUCCAUAGUAAAUGUAUCUUGGGCUUUUCUAGUCCCCUAAGCAUAUACUCUUGGUCCUGGCCAUCCAUAUUUCCACAUCAUCCCAUGUGUGCUAACCCAAAUUAACUCUCCUCCAGAGCUUAGAAAAAUGUUUAUUUUGGACCACAAUCUCUAGAAACCACCCAGCCAACACGGCCCUGGUGGCUGGGGGUGGGGUGGGGUGAUAGUUCUUAAAGCUGUAGUCCAAAAAAUAACUUUUCCAGUCCUUCUCUAGGACUCCAUUACACCCAAUUCCUUUCUGCUCCUUGGAGAUCUGUAUCUUCAAGAUAGUGUCUCAGAUGGAUUUCCAAGGUUGUCUUUCUUUGCCCUUCCCAACCCAUAUACAUUCAUCACUGCCAACCCUUGAAUCUCACCCACUUAAAUAAUCGCUGUACUGUACUACCUCUCAUGAGUCUUAACUUACUUCAGUCCUUCUGUCUGAGGUCUUAAUUUCAGGAUAACUUCCUACUUUGAUGAUGAGAAGCUUGCUCAAUUCUCCUGCCUGCUCAGCUCACCCCCUUUCUCCGAUAGUGACUCCUGAUCUCUCACCACUGAGUAUACUAACAAGGCAAUGGCCUCUUUUAUCUUCCCAUGUACCUUUAUUUUAAGCCUCAGAAUUCUCUGUAUCAUCUUCCACACAGAUGCUUCUUCUCCCUAAACUUAAUUACCACCGUGCCUAAACAGCUCCCCAACAGCACCCCCACCACAUUACCUAGCAGGAUUAGUACAGUAUGUAAAAUUCCAUUCUUAGUUGCCAUUGCCAAGAGACUCUAAGAACUCUGGGUUAGAAGACUCCAGGUUGCUUGUUGGCCUCUUUUUCCCCAGCUGGAGAAGAAGGCAGAGUGAUCUGCUCUCACCCUGAGAAGCCAGCAAUGUUCCAGAUGAGGGUGCAGUCCAUGCCUGGCAGAAGCAACUAAAACCCUAACACAGAGUCCCAGUGAACGGCAGGUAUCUUCUUGCAUAUGCAGAGGAAUUCUUUUGGUUAGCUCUGAUCUUUGAGUGGAGAUAACACAAACGCUUCUAUCUCCUGGAAGGAGGGACGUGGAUGGGGAGAGCAGGGAUCCCAGUCAGUUGGGAGCAUUUAGCAGGCCGUAUUUCAGUCUUCUGCAGGUCAGAUUAGGUCCAGCCAUCCCCUUCCCCAGAAGCAGUUACUUACCAACCCGGUAAAUAUUGUCUGCAUUAAAUACAAACUGUCCUUAGUACUGAAUAAGAAGAGAUGUAUUCAGCAUGACACAGUCCUGCUAACCUCCCUCACCUGUACUUUGCAGAAGACCUUCCAAGCUGGCCAAGUCCCCUUUGUCCUGAUAGAUCACAUUGGUGCCAAAUGGUCUCUUAGGCGUACAUAGUUGGUUCUUGGCAUGUCCUGCUAGGGGGUUUCUAUUAGACAAAUGCAGCAGCUGUGUGUCUGGCUUCAGAUUCCAGCACUGACUUUAAACUAAACUGGAUGCAAGGCAAAUGUUGUCUAAGAAGUAAAUAGCAGAUGCAGGAGCCUGAUCCACAUCAGAACUUUGGUGAAAGGUCAGAUGGCAUGCUUUAACCUUUCUCACGGAUUCUCUCUCAUACCUACAACCUUAUACCUCAGUGUAGCUCUAAUACUGAUCAGGACGCUCAUGCACAUUCUUUGCACUGAAAAGAAAAGUUUCAUUGCCAAGAAAUCAAAAGAUGACACACUUUCCAUUUCUUCCCCAUUCUUUCCUCUAUGCUCAAUGGGAAGCCACUAUGGCCUGCAGGCAUGCAGGCGCACUGUGGCUCAGAAGCCUGGAAUAGCAGUGGAAUGUGUGUGUACACCAUGGUUAAUCAUGACAUCAUUAGACAUAAAGAAACAAUUAGGACCAGUCUCCAAUCUCUUGGCAAGCAUUUUCUUCUGCUCUGCCUUUUCCUCCUUGAUGUAUGGCAACUGCAGCCAUUUGGCUCAGCACAUUGAGUCAGAGAUUCUCUCUGCAGGGUCCCAGUUUUGUAUAAACAGCCCCUCCCUCUGAGUGUCAGUGCACACCUUCUGAACAUCUCUCUUGUACUGCAAGCUAUGAGGAAAGAGAUCCUAGCUGUUUGCCCAGUUGUCUUGGGGCACAGUGGUAGAAUAAACCUAGGGUUUUGGGGAAUUCUAUUUUUAAAAUAAAAAUAAACCAUAAUUCAUAUUCAUUUUUAAUCCCAGUGGUCUUAAAAUCAUGUUUAAAGAGGAAGCUGUCAAAAAAAUGAUCCUAAGUGUACUACUUGGUAAUUUGUCUAUGUCACUUCUUUGUGUUUUUCAAACUGAGUGUGGAAAAGUUACCUCUUUGGACUAUAGCUCUUUGAAUCCCCCAGCCAGCAUGGCCAUUUUUCCAAGCUCUGCCCUCAACUGCAACAUUGUGGGCCUCCCUGUUGCAGUCUCCCCCAUGCCUUGAUUGGGCCUUGAUUCAAACCAAAUAUAAAGUCCAGUCCAGUACAGACCUGCUGCAUGUCAGUACAGUGGCCACCUCAGUCUUCAAAACUGGUUAUGAGGAGCCCUGGAAACAGAAGAAGAGAUGGGAAAGGAGCAGUCCACUGAAACGAUGUGCUAAUGCUUUUAUUCGUGGACAUGACGUGAAGCGGGAUCAGGAGGAGGUCAUCUUCUUGGAAACCAAGGGAAAUAUUGUGGGUUGCAGACUUUACUGUACAUCUGCUGGUCUUCA